CCCUUCCGCCUCGUCCCGUUUCUGCCCCCGCCGCCAUGUCGGUCUUCCACGACGAGGUGGAGAUCGAGGACUUCGAGUACGACGAGGAGACCGAGACCUACAGCUACCCGUGCCCCUGCGGGGACCGCUUCCUCAUCACGCGGGAGGACCUGGAGAACGGCGAGGACGUGGCCACCUGCCCCAGCUGCUCCCUGAUCCUGCGCGUCAUUUACGACCAGGUGGGGGGGGGGGGGCUGUCAGACGCGGUUGCGGCCUGCUUCCCCCCGCGCCGGGUCGGCCAAGUCGAGUUCCGGUUCGCUAUCCCCUGAGGAGAGGAGGGCGCGGUGGCAGCUUUUAAAAGCCCCUGGUGAACGUGGGAUAGGCUUGUGUGGGCUAGGGGUCCUUUUGCUUGUGACUACGGCUCCUGCCUCAACUCUUGUUUUUCUGGUCUCCUUCUCCUGCCGUGUUUGGGCUUUAAAACAUGCCGGCUUGGUGAGCAUGGGGUGGAACACAGACAAAGCUAUCUCACUGGUGUUAAGAUCUAUCUAUGACUCUAGUGGCCCUGUCAGCUAGCCUAGUAGUUUUUCUUAUCUAGUAGGCAUGUUAUGGCUUUCACGUUUCGGGAGACAGAUUCAUACGCCUUAUACCCCAGGCUAGAAAACAAAAUGGUUACGUGGUGUUUUUUGAGGGAGAUCCCAAAUUAAUGAAAAUCAACUCUACUUGCUGUCUUCAGGAGCAGUUCAUGCGUGAUGAAGUCAUUGCAGAACCUUUGACAAACAAGGAAUUGAUUAAGUGCUGAUGGAUACCUCAUGAACUGUUGCUGCUUUAGAAUAAGAAAGUAUGGGGAUGGCAACUGCAGAAAGAGACAUGGUCGUCCUCCUGGAAGUGCUCGCUGCUGUGAGAUACAAGUAUGAUUACUGGCUGCCUUCAUAAUUUGAAUGAGAAUUUGCUGAGACAUCAAACACAUGACUGGCUUUUGUUCAAAAGGGUUAUGUAUUUUAGAAAAAUAUAUAUAAGUUCCCAUAUGUAUUUCAGAAGUUUUGAGAAUUAUGAUCCUGACAGCAAGUCUAUAUACAGAAGAACUGUGUGAAGUUGUGGAAUUACACCAUUUAUCUAGCAGUGGCUUCUUAGCCUGUGGAGAAAAGCAGGCUUCAUGUGGGCAUAUAGCAGUGUGAAAUGGCAGAGAGCUGAAAUGUGGGGAGUCAAAAUUUAGAAGUUCAUAGGACACGAUGCCAUACAGAAUUACAGUUUUGACACAGCGCGGUAUCACCCAGGACGUGGGCUUGCGUACUUCCAGCCCAUACUGAACAUGGGGAAAUAUGAGACCCAGAACCAAUGCUGCUGGUAAAUUAUUUUUACUACUCUAAGCACAAAGAAGGUGCAGUUGUAUUUAUAUCUGCACUGGGGGCAACACCUGCGUUGGGGCAAAUUUGUUUCUUAAAUUGCAGUUGCUUUGAAACAGCUUUGGUAGCUGUUAUCAAAUGACUCUGAUGUAAUAGUGAUACACUUUUGUGGGUGUUGUGUGAAAUGAAACAAAUGGAGUCAAACUUUUUUUAUCCCCGCAAAGCUAGUAAUAUGCAAAUGGACUUGAACUCGAAAUGGAUUGUAAUUUACCCAUAUUUUCUCAACAACUUGUGGUUUGACUGUUGCAGGAAAUAUAAAAUGGGCUGCAGUUCUUUGUGCCACUUGUAGUAGCACGUUUGCUGAAUUUCUCGGCCUUCCUUUGUUAGGUUCUGUCACUUCCUGGAUAGGGGAUGCACACAUCUCUCUCAAUUAAUAACAAGGGAUUUUUUAGGGUAGAAAAGAGUUGGAAGAAUAUGUUCCAAAGUACAUUGAUUCCAGGACUACUUCUUGUAUUACAAGCCACUGUAUUUAAAUACUUACUUUAAAAUAUAGUCAUUCAUGUGUUUUAGUAGGAUUUGAUGUCUGUGAAGUUAAAUUGGGGGAAAAACACUUGUGUAGCAUUUAUAUAGAUAUUUUGCUCCAGGCACUGAAGAUAGGCAAGUCUUACUGAAUUCUUGCGUUUAACUAUUUUUGUUCUUACAACAUUCUGUGAAUGUUGAAGGUGAACAUUCUAAUUAUUGUAAAAAAAAAAAAAAAAGGAAAGAAAAAGGAAAACUACCUUCAGUUAGAAAUUUUGAAUGCAGUAUGUACAACCCAAAGUGUUUUCAUGUCUAAACCAGAAGGUGGCACUCAUGUUACUUUGAUAUCUGUGCUUCAAAAAAAAAAACCAACAAAAAAACUGUGGUACUUUGGUUAGCUAAAUCUUCCUGAAUAUUUAUUUUGACUAUUUAAAUAAAGAUAUUUAAGACUCCACCAGUGGUUAUAAAGGGCCAUUGCUUAUUCUGUUUGUGCACCAGCCACAACAAUUUCCAGAGAUGUUGAGUUGCUGCUGCUGUGGUAAUGACACUGGAAUUUCUUCAG